GACCCGCUGUAGUCGAGUGUGUUUGUGUGUCGGUGUGUGUGUUUGUCUCAACGUUACACGAAACGUGUCUCCUCUCAGCAAAGACACACAAACGUGAGACGUGCUAGAUAACGUUUUUGUUUUUUUUCUUGGUUUUGAAAGUUUUCUUUUUGCCGCCUUAAGAUUGUUACGGUUUUAUACUAUGUAUAUUAAAACAUUCCGCUUGUAAAACGUAAUAUUUAUCCGCCAGGAGCAGCCGACUUCGUUUCUACUAAAGAGUGUCCGCUUCUCCUCCCCUCGAUGAAGCGCUGCGAUGCCCUCUGAUUUUAUAUCCCUCCUUAGCUCGGAUAUCGACCUCAAUUCCCCCAAAUCUCUAUACUCUAAAGAGUCGGUAUAUGACCUCCUCCCCAAAGAACUCCAGCUCCAGCCGUCGUCCACCCAGACAGACCCACCCACCAUGAGCCAGAAUAGUGGGGGAGAGGCGGGACCUCCCCCUGCAGCCUUGGCGUCAGAUGCCACCUCUUCCACCUCCAGCCCUUCUGCCUCUUCCUCCCUCGCCAUAGGCGUUACAUCCUCUGGCCCCUCUACCUCAUCGUCAGACCAUCUCAAGGUUGCCCAGCAUCUCCACUCCAGCGGAGGAGAUGGCGCUGGUGUUUCAGAGAUGCAAGGUGCGGAGGGCGCCCCCAGCAGAGGCAGCAGUGGAGCAAACGCCACAGUAGGGGAUGUAGGGCCAGGAGGGUUGCCGGGGCUAGGAGUCCAGCAGCCCCAGAACACUCCAUCAAAGCGAAGGACUGUGUUGAGCAUAUCCCCACCACCUGAGGAUCUGUUUGAUGACAGCCAGAUGUCUUGCCAAGAGGAACCUACCAUAUCUGGUGCACCAGGUCCCGACUCGGAGCAAAGCAGCAGCAUGUGGGCCGAUGAUUCUGUCUCGAACUUCAGUUUGAUCAGCUCCAUCUCCUACAAUGACAACACGGAGGUGCCGCGCAAGUCUAGAAAACGCACUCCUCGCCAGCGGCCCGGUCCCAAGCCUGCUCCUCCAGAAGAUAGCAUGGAUGUGUUUGAUGCUGACAGCGCCAAAGCCCCUCACUAUGUGCUAUCCCAGCUGGGCACAGAUAAGACCAGUUCCAUAUCCAGCUCUCUCGAGUCAGGAACUGCAGUGAAAGGUGGGUCACUGUCUGCUCAGUUCCCUCAGAGGAGUGAUGGGAAGGAGCUAAAGAUCCUGGUGCAGCCAGAGACCCAGCACAGAGCUCGCUAUCUGACUGAGGGCAGCAGAGGUUCUGUCAAAGAUCGCACACAACAAGGAUUCCCCACUGUCAAGUUGGAAGGUGUGAGUGACUCAGUUGUGCUGCAGGUGUUCGUAGCAAAUGAUGCGGGCAGAGUGAAGCCUCACGGUUUCUACCAGGCAUGCAGAGUGACAGGACGCAACACCACUGCUUGCAAAGAGGUGGACAUAGAAGGCACCACAGUUAUUGAGAUUCCUCUGGAGCCCAGCAAUGACAUGACACUUGCGGUGGACUGUGUAGGAAUUUUGAAGCUCCGUAAUGCAGAUGUCGAGGCUCGCAUUGGUGUUGCAGGAUCCAAGAAGAAGAGUACACGAGCCAGGUUGGCCUUCAGAGUCAACAUCCCCCAGCCUGAUGGAUCAACCCUGACUUUACAGGUUCCCUCAUCGCCGAUCCUCUGCACUCAGCCAGCAGGAGUGCCAGAGAUCCUGAGAAAGAGUCUCCACAGCUGCUCCGUGAAAGGAGGCGAGGAAGUUUUUAUAAUCGGAAAGAACUUCCUUAAAGGAACCAAAGUUAUUUUUCAGGAGAACAUUACAGAUGAUAAUUCCUGGCAAGCUGAAGCAAAGAUUGACAUGGAUCUUUUCCAUCAGAAUCACUUGAUAGUGACAGUCCCUCCGUUUCACAACCAGUCAAUCACUUCUCCUGUUUCUGUGGGUAUUUUUGUGAUGACCAAUGCUGGUAGAUCACAUGAAGCCCAACCCUUCACCUACACUCCAGACUCAGCUGAUAACUCAAAUGUGCUGACAGUAAAAACGGAGGGGAUAUCCAUGGUCAAGACCUGCUUAUUUGAUACCCCGAUCAAAUCUAUGCCCUCCGAACAAACAGAAAUCUCUGACCAGACUUCCAAACGGCAAGAGGACACACCUAUGGAAGUGUCUAGCAAUCCACCAUCCACAGAGGUCUUCAAAUCAUCCCCUGACCCGCUCAUCACAGUGCAGCAGACUCUGGACCUUGGCUCUAGUCCUCAUCCAGGUGGAGAGUCCUUUCAGAGAACAAUGCCCUUACCAUCAGAAGAUGUGGACCUUCCCCAGGCACCCCCGGUCUUCCCUAGCUUAGAGUCCCUCAGCACGAUACAAAAGCAAGAAAUUGCCCCAACAACCUCCUUCUCUGUGUCAGGAGACACCACAAUACCACCUGUGACACCAGAAGUCCCCCAGCAGUUCCUUAGAGACCCCCAGGAAAGCUUGUCACCUGAGAGUUCCAGUAGUAGUGCAGGGGUGGUGGUUGUGGCCAUGCCACAGAUAGCACCUUCCUCUCAGGCACAGCCGCAGCAGUCCCAGGUCUCCCUCUUUCCCCAGGAAGAGGUGGCCCAGCUGGAAAGGGCAGUUAGAGAACUCCAGGGAGGAAGUAACACCACACUCCAGCAGGUGUUAGAAGCAGCUGUAGCUCAGCAGCAGCUAAACUCUGUGCUGUAUAGCCCCACACCUUCUGCAGAUUCCCUUCAGCAGCAUGUCCAGGAGAACAUGAACAGCCUUAGACUGGGGAGUACAGAUAAUUCACUGUCAGCACAGCAACAGCUACAGAUACAACAACAGGAGCAGCAACAACAAAUACAACAGCAGUUUCAACAACAGCAAAUGCAGCAACAGCAACAAAUACUUGGAAACCUUCAGCAGCAACAGCAGCAAGUCAUCAACAACAUACAGAUGCAACAGCAACUUAUAUUACAGCCACAAGAGCAACAGCAAAUUAUGGAAAAUAUUCAACAACAGCAACAGCAGCUGCAACAAAAUCAGCAACAGCAAGUUCUAAACAAUAUUCAACUUCAGGAUCAGCAACAACAAAAUCAUAUUCUUACCAAUUUACAGCAACAUCAGCUGCAACAGCAACAACAGCAGCAGCAGCAAAAUCAAGCGUUGAGCAACCUACAACAACAACAGCAGCAACUUCAAGAGCAGCAGGUUUUGGAAAAUUUACAGCAACACCUCCAGGCCAGCUCUCUCCUUCAACAGGCUGGAGAACUACUUACUAUCCAGACUAGCUUCCCAACACAGCCUCCUUCACACACAUCCCCCCCACAGCAACUCUUCCAAUCGCCCAGGCCCAUGGCCGAAACCCAGGGGUCCCAACAGCAGGUCCAGGCUGCCCUCAUCCAGAAUACCCUGACUGUACUGACUAGUGGCAGUCUCAACUCAGAGCCGCAGUCCACAGGAUCAACCCUAUACCUGACGCCAAACCAUCAGCCCCAGCCCCAGCCCCAGCAACAGCAGCAGCUGGCAUUCCUCUCCUCCAUGGAGACAUCAGCCAGCCAACCUCAGUCCGUUUCAAUGUUUCAAAAUCAACCGCAGUCUCAAAUGCAGCAACAGAGCACCCCAAUGGAUCAGCAGCAGUCCCCACAGCAGAACCAACAACAAUCAGCACAGCUUCCAAUGGGCCAGCAGGGUUCCUUAUUUCAAAGUAUUCCCAAUCACUCACAGGGCAACCCUGCACCACAGCAAACAGGUCUGCUUCUCUGCACCACAGAUCUGAACCCACAGGCUAUCGCUCCUACUAUUCUCUUUAGCACCCAGACCCAAGGCCCUUCCCCUAUGGGGACCAUUAGUGUUGGAAUCACCCAGUCAGAUACAGCAGAGCCCAUGUCCUUCCAAGACCAGAGCUCUUCGGGCAGCAACUCAACAACCACUGAGAACCAACAACAGAGCUUGUUCCAGGAACAGCAGCCAAUGCAAGUGGGCCCAAGUUCAAGCUCUGUCCAAAACAAUCAACCUGUGGAGCUGUUCAUACCACAGACAAAUCUGUCCAGCUUGCAGAGUACUAUUGGCUCACAGGACCUCAACAACCAGGCUCCAGCCCCCGCCACAACCAUUUUUGUGGUGCAGGGUGGUGUGGGUGUGGUAGCCAGCCCUGGUCAGCAGCCCCCAGAGCAGCUUUUCCAGACAUCUGUGGGUGGCAAUGUGGCUUCUCAAGGACAGGCCAGUCUGUUUGUUUUUGGCAUUCAGAAUGACUCAUCCCAGCUGCUCACGUCUUCUGGACCCAGCCAACCUGCCCAGAACCAAAUCCAGAACUCCGGUCACAUGCAGACUCUGCUGGAUCAGCCCAUGGCCCAAGCUGCCUCCCCAAUCCCAGCUACCAUGCAUAGCAGCUUGCAGAACACCCUUCAGGCACAAAUGCAGACCACCCUGGAGAACGCAAUGCAGGCAAACACACAAACAGCCCUUCAGUCCAGUUUACAAGGAAACAUAGAAGCGAGCCUACCAACACCAAUGCAGACCAGUCUACAGACACAGAUACAGAGCAGCUUACAGAAUCAACUGCAGGCAUCCAUAUCAACAUCGUCCAGCAUGGAUAAAAUUGAGGACCUACUGGAAAGCCUACAGAAGCAGUGAUUAUUGUUUGGACCAUUGUCAGCACUUAGGGGGUGAGUGAUAUGUAUGUAGCUCAGAGUUAUACACCCUAAAAACGGCCCUGUGUGGGGGUUUGUGCCAAUGCUUAAAAAAAAAAAAGUCAUUUAAAUAUUUAAGAAUUACUUGCCCUUUUUACUGAAAACCCAAAUCAUGAGUUCAUGUGACCUGUUUUUAAGAAAUAUUUAUCAUUAACUGUAGCCUCCAUUCAUCCAUUGUUCUUGAAUUAAUGAACCCACCUUUGUUAUUACCCCUCUUGCAGGAUCAGAGAGGCCUGUAAUAACUGCUUUAUCCAGCCGCACAAAUGCAGUGUUUUGUUGCCAGUUGUUUUUUUUUUUGUUUCUUUUUAAAAUAAUGUGAGCCUAAGAGAUGAUGACGGUGGUGGUAAUGAUUAUGAUGAUGAUAAGGAUAAAGAUAUUUGUGGAAAAAACAGGAAAGGGAUGAAGAAUGUCAGCGACAGAGGAACGGUGACAGAGGAAUGGUGCUGUGAUGGGAGAGUGUUGUGAAGGCAGAUUUAAAAAUAAAAAAACAGUCAGUUAUGGAAGAUCAGAUUGCACAUAACUGUCAGAUAAAGGCAGAAUCUCAUUUUGAGUGUGUAAACUCCUCACACAUUUCUCAGCUAGUUGUUAUCUUACCCGAAACACCAACUUUAAAAACAAAUUAACUGUUUAGUUAGUUUGGGAGAUUAGCUGAUGUAAAAACAGGGAUGAAGUCACGUCACAGUAAUUAGAUUUAAACUUCUUUUGCUGUGGAGAAUAUGAACAAUCAUGCUGUUAAUAAACAGCUUACAUUUCCAUAUGUCAAAAAUGCCAUGAAAUUUGCUCCAAGAGUACAGAAUAUUAGACUGUACAGUUCUUUGUAGGAUAAUGUUUCAUGUUUUCUUUUAAUAACAUUUACUGGCAUGGGUGGAGUCUGCACUCAAGCGGGUUUAUUAUUAGAGGCAGCACAGUUUAAUAUUGGUGUUGGCACCACAAGUAUGAAAUUAACUUUUAUCACAAAAAGUGUGGUAAAGACAUUGUGUUACUGAAAGCACCCUGGUGAGUUGAGGGAAUAUUGCACACUCAUAAAUGAGAUUCAUCCUGGUGAAUAAUGUGACGUGGCCUUUGCUUGGCACUUCCCAGUGUUCUCUUAUGUGCAGGCCUCAUCGCAGAGGUUGCAGAUGCUUUCUUGGUGAAAUUUUAAAUAGCAUUCAACUAUUUAGUGUGUAUAUUUUUUUCUUUUUUUUCUUUUUUUUUGCUUUUGAAAAAGUUAACUCUUUAUCAGUUAAAUGUGGAUAGAAAAAAAAACCUUUCCACUAGUGAAAAUGGAGUGUUGUGUGGUUUUAUAAACAUUUUAUCUAAAGCACUUUAUAACCUCUUUUGUGUAACCUGCUACUCCUUAUAUCCGUCCACAGCUCUCUACUGAUCUAAGAUGAAUUUGUACUCUGAAACGUCCAGUGGGUGGGGUUAAAAAAAAAAAACAAAGAAGAAGAGAAAAAAAAAUGAAAGCAGUCGUCUUUGUACAAAUAGAUACAUCAUUUUUACAUUUUCUCUCAUGUCAGAAUAUUUUUGAGGUCUAGACAACUUUGUAUAGAACGUCUGCUCACUGUUGAGUCCCUCUUUGUAUUCAGUCCCAGUGGUCCAGUCAAGUCUAUCCAAAAACAGCCAUUCCCACAAACGGCAUUGUCACUUGUCAGUGUUUGAGUGGUAACUAGGCCUUUUGUGUUUUAGACACUGACAACACAUCUGAAAUACUGAUUCGUUUAGUUUGUACAUUUACAUGAAGGAUCUUCAUUGUUUUGGUUUUUUUCUUUUGUACUAAGUCUCGGUUCUUCUCGUUGGAAUGUUUUUACUGUUGUUCGUGUUGUGUUUCGAUAUUAAGUUUUUGUUUCUGUUUGUAGCCCGUGCAGGUUGGUGCCGCAUGAAGCUGGCUCCUGUCCUUUGUGUUGUGAACAGGGGCUCACUGGUAGAUGAAAUCUGUUACAUAGAGGUUGUCAUUUUUGAUUUCAUCUUUGGUGCUAUGUAGAGGAGUAAUGGGCACUUCUGUCGUCGUGUUAGUACAGUUUGUACUAUCAAUAGCACUUGCAUUUGUUUUUAGUUUGGAAGCAAAGAGCUGGCUGUUGUUGAGGGAUCAGACUGGAGUGCACCCACCCAGGCAUACCAAAGCUCCUGAUUGUGAAUGGUCGCCAUUUUGUCCUUGCCAUCGUAACGUUUACUCAUUUGUAUUUGUUCGUUCACAUAAUGCAGCUCUCACAUGGCUAACAAUUCAGCAUGCUGGGGGGUUGUUUUGUUUUGCUCUUUUACAAGAUUUCUGAUAGUUUUGCGAAGGUACUUUGCUUCAUGGAUCAGUUUAUCUCAUUAACAUUUCCACUGAUUUGAUACAUUACUCUAUUUUUCAAUGAAGAGUUGACAUUGCUGAACUUUCCAAAUCUGAUAUUAGCCAAUUUGGCAUUAUGCCCCCCUCCCCCCCCAAAAAAAGACAUGAUUUUUUUCUUGGAGACUUCAGACAUUAGAAUCGCAUUGCUCACAUGCAUUUGUUUACAUUUUCAUGGUCAUACUCUUUUAUCUUUGCAGCUGUUAGUGAUCCAUUUUAAAAGUAACUUAUCUUUUUUAGAAUUUUGUAUCCAUGUAUCAAAAUGUAGAGUAUUUUUGUAAAACUAAACUAAACUUUUUCUUUUUUGCUCAUAGCAAAGAACUAUCAUUGCUAGUGUUUUGUUGGUUUUUCCCCUGAAAUGAAGCGCAGGUUUAUUGUUAAGUCUAUGACUGAAACUAGAAAUGUAAGUGGACAUCAAGCGAUUAUGUUAGACUUAAAUCUACUGUCAUGAUAUUGACUUUACGCAAACUGUAGAACAUAACGUGAAGUUUUCUCCUCUUUUUUUUGUGCUCUGUGUGUUUUGUGUGGGCGUUUUGUAUUUUAAACUCUUUUGUUUUUGUUUUUUAACAUCAUGCAUCUCAAAUGGCACUUUGACUCGUCCAUUAACUGUAGAUCAAGUUAGAGUGCAGUAGUGAUGUUUCCAAGCAUUCCAUCCCUCUCAGUUAGGGGAGCUAAAGAGCACAUGAUGUUGUGGAAGAAGUGCGGAACAGUAAUGCCUCUUAAAGCCAUACCAACACAGAAAGCCAACCCGUGACUUCGGUUUCAUGAAUGUAAAUUUUACCUCAUGGUGUGUGGAAUGGGGCUUGCUCUACAUCUGACAUCGGACCAAUUCUAGGCUUAGAGAACAUAUAUAUUUUGAGGUGGAGGGAAGGGGAUGGGCAGGGCGGCACCAGCUGUCAUUUGUGUCACUGCACAUUGGUCAAAUUGUUUUUGAUUGUGGUGUAAUUUCAAAACCGACCAUUAGUUUUAUUAUUAUUAAUUUCAGUCCGACUUUGACGAAUAGCCACUUCACCGGGGGGAGAGAAAAAAAAGAAACCGUGUUGAUUUAAAGGCGUUGAAAAGAGCACACAAAUCUUUGCAUAAUAUUUUUGUCCUUCAGUCAUGUAAAUGAAUAUCCAUGUAUAUUUAAAUGUGAAAUAUACUGCAGGGGUAUUUUGAAUUUCAAUUGUGAUGCUUUCAACAGAA